GCUGCACGGACCCUCUUCCGCUGGGAUCCCCUCCGCGGCUUCCCAGCGGAUCCCGCCUCUCGGAUCGCCCAGGAAGCGCGGCGGGAUUGUGCAAACUCCAAGGAAGGCGGGGCGAUCCUCUUCCUCCGCCGCCGCCGCCGCCGGUCCUUGCGGAGCCCGAAUCCUCCGGGCGCAUCGCCGGUACCCAAGCGAGCCUUGGCAUUAUCAGCCUGCGCAGAACCGGCCGGCUGUCCCUCCACCAACCCCGCCUUCUCUCCCCCUUCGAAGCCCCGGGGAUGCCGCCGCCGCUGCCCGCUGGCCCGGAGGAGCCUUCGCCUUGAUGCGCCCGACGCUCCCGGAGACUGCUCCGCCAAGGAUGAGGGCCCAGCACAUCCUCCUGAUCGCCGCCUGCCUCCAUGUGCCGGUCCAGCUGGUCAGCACCUCUGAGCGCUGUGACGACUGGGGGGUGGACACCAUGAAGCACAAGCCGGUGUACAGUGGGGAGCCAGCCAAGAUCAAGUGCCCGCUCUUUGUGGCUUUUGUCAAGUACAAUUACAGCACCGCCCACUCGGCCGGCUUGACCCUCAUCUGGUACUGGAUCGGGCAGGGCCAGGACCUGGAGGAGCCCAUCAACUUCCGGCAUCCCGACAACCACAUCAGCAAGGAGAAGGACAUGCUUUGGUUCCGGCCGGCUCUCCUCAACGACACGGGAAACUACACCUGCAUGCUCAGGAACGCCACUUACUGCAGCAAAAUCGCCGUCCCCUUGGAGGUGGUGCACAAGGACCCCGGCUCCUGCCUCAGCGAAGCGGUCAAGGCGGAAGAGGUCCUCAUGUACCACGACAGGGUCAAGCAGAACCUCACCUGCCCAGAUGUGCAGAGCUUCAUGCCCGCGGGACUUGAGCCCCAGGUCCGCUGGUACAAGGAGUGCCACCUGAUGAAAUACGACUAUCCGGACCGCAACCCCAAUGGCCUCAACCUCACUUUCGCCAUUGUCCUAUCAGCGUACGAGGGCCAGUAUACCUGCAUGGCGAGUUACCGGGAGAACGGCCGGGAUUUUUCCCUGACCCGGACGAUGAGAGUCAAGGUGGUAGAGGCGCCAGAAAGAGCAACCGCUCCAUUGAUCAUCUACCCAACCAAGCGGAUCGUCUACGAUCGCAAGCCAGGCGAACAUCUCUCUCUCCGAUGCGAGGUCAGCUUCACGUUCCUGAAGGACUCCCCUCAGGAGGUCUGGUGGGCCAUUGAUGGGAAACACUCGGACGACGUCACCGACUUCAAGUUCAACAUUACCACCACGGAGGCCCCCUUGCCCAUCGGAGGGACCCAAAUCCAAAAGAUCCUCAGUGUGCCCCACGUGACGGAGAAGGAUUUGAAACGCAACUUCACCUGCUUCGCGCAGAACAACAGAGGCAUCGCUCAGGCCCAGGCAGUCGUCCGGAUAAAACCCCCAGUUUUGAGAUACACGGUGGAGCUGGCCUGCGGCCUCGGGGCAACUGUGCUGCUGGUGGUCAUUCUGACGGUCAUUUACCACUUCUACUGGCUGGAAAUGGUCCUCUUCUACCGCGCUCACUUUGGGACUGAUGAAACCGUCCUUGACGGGAAGGAAUACGAUAUUUACGUCUCGUACGCCAGGAAUAUGGAAGAAGAGGACUUCGUGCUGCUGACUCUCCGAGGCGUCUUGGAGAACGAAUACGGAUAUAAGCUCUGCAUUUUCGACCGAGACAGCCUCCCCGGGGGAAUUGUCACGGAUGAAACUCUGAGCUUCAUCCACAGAAGCCGCCGCCUCUUGGUGGUCCUGAGCCCCAACUACGUCCUGCGGGGCACCCAGGCUUUGCUGGAGUUCAAGGCUGGCCUGGAGAACAUGGCCUCCAAGGGCACCAUCAAGGUCAUCCUUGUCCAGUACAAGCCCAUCAAGAAGAGCAAAGUGAAGGAGCUCCGGAAAGCCAAGACGGCGCUGACCGUCAUUAAGUGGAAAGGGGAGAAGUCCCGCUACCCCGCGGGAAGAUUUUGGAAGGAGCUGCUGGUCGAAUUGCCGGUGAAGAGCAGAACCAGGAACCUCUCUAGUCAACAGGAUCUCAUCACCCUUUCGCCAACAGGCGACUAAGGAAAGGGGAGGCCGGGAACCCAAAGCCGGGCUCGGGAGGAGAGUGGCAGGCUUGGUCUGGGGAGUCUCUGGGAACCCAUGUUCCACCUCUGGCGAGGUGUGGCCAGAGGCGCCCGCCUGAAAUGUUUUUAAGGUGCCCCACUGCACUAGAAGCUGAGCUGUCCAUUCUGCCUCCUGGAGAUUGCCCAAACCCAGCUUGCAGGAGGCCGAGGCAAGGUGCGGGGUCUGGGACACCUGUGCAGUUGUAGUAAGGACGCACAACAGUGUCAUUUGUUCCCCUUUCACACCUUGCUGGUGUCCCUCGAGUUCUUUCUCCAGAGACGGAAGAGCAGAAGGUCCACACGAAGGCUUUUUCAUCCCCGUCCAAAGGGGUCCGUGGAGAAGAAGGCAGGGGCUCUCUUUCUUUGGAGCAGCCCCUUGUGCUCUCCAAAAUUAUCCCAAAUGACCAGAGCGGCCUUCCUCCACCUGAACUUUCCCAGGUGUGUCGUUUUUUCCGUUCCCACAACCGUCAGUUGCUGCAAACUUUGCCAAACAGACUUGUUUCAAACUCCGAGCUGGAGACAGGAAACCCACGCUGGCUUUUGGCCUCCUUCGGCCAGAAACUCACAGUGGCAUUUUGUGUGCUCGGUGUGCAGUGUGACGAGGAAAGUGUGGGGGAGCCCCUUUGCUGUCUCCACCAGCCUGUUGAGGAAGGGGAGACUUGGGAUUUCUGACUGCCCCCCCCCCAUAAUCCUAGAACUCAUGUGGGUAACCGCUAGGACUUUUUACUGGAGGGACUUAAGAGCAGUGAAUGUUGAAAGAUUCCCAAGCAGACAGUUGCAAGUCAAGCGGUGGGAAUACAGGCGUAGUAGCAUUAAUAGUAAAGUCUUAGUAGUAAGUAGUGGGAGAGGAGGGGGAGGAGGAAAAGGAGGAGGAGUGGAAUCUGGAAUGUCACCUUUCUUCAACUCCUAGGAUAAGAUCUUCCUUCUUGUCAUCAAGUCCAGGAUAUUUGACCAGUUAUGGAGGUGCCCCAGUGCACAAAAUUGAUCCCUUCUGAAACACAUUGAAUUGCUUUGUUUCAUGCUCAAGAUCCCUUUGAGGACAGGAGAGCUGGUCUCUUCCCAAAGCAGCUCUUCUUGCUCUCCAAAGUUGUCCCAAAGGGCCAGAGCAGCUUGUUGGGAACGGACAAUGGGGUCUUGGGAGCAACUUCUACGCUCGACUUCUACACGGGGCACGGUGCCAUUUUCCAGGGGUCGGUCAGUGUAAGGAAGGGCCAGUCCUGCUCACAAGCUGGUCUCCUGAGCUCCGGGCCUGGUUGCACCCAAGCUUGAUCAAGAUUCAGAGGUUGCACUCAGGCGUGGCGGGCGGGAGAUUUAUCAGUAGCAAGGAGCAAGGAGGCCGGAGGGGCAAAUCCCCUUGCAGAAUGUCAAAAAUUAUUAUUAUUAUUUUUGUAUUUUGUUCUGCCAACUCCUGGUCUCUGUAUUAUAGCACUAACGGGUUAGCUAUGGGAUGGUGGCAGAUCCAGACACUAGGGGUAGAUGUGUGUGUGUCUGUGUGUGUGAGAGAGAGAGAGGGGGGGGGAGAAAGAGAGAGCGAGAAAGAGAGAGA